GACCGACGAGACGACUUCUGAAUUCUUUCAUGCUCGUUCCGCGGAUCUAUACUGUCUGUUCGCUCUGCGAUACACCUCUCGUUGGGCACCGAUUUAAUGUAAAACCGCCGUGGGUGAACAGAUAACAUCAAAAGAACAAACAUUUUAGUAGCGACUACCCUACCCGGAAAUGAGGGGUGCAGCUUUGUGCAUGGUCGUUCUGCUGUUGCUGGCCCUGCAACAAACAUGUUCAACUUUAGAUGUAAGCGUUGGCCAGUCCAUCACCCUCCACUGCAGUGGACAGCCCAAUAGGGUUGUAGAAUGGCAUUUUAAACCGCUUAUGUUCCCUGAUUGGCUGCUCGUGGCCAAACUCCACGCUGGACCCAUUUCCCCAGGGCCUGGCUUCCAGGGACGGGUGGAGUCCGUCUGUGAGGAGCAGCCAGGAAACUUCAGCCUGGUCCUCAGUCCUGUGGUGUACAACGACAGAGGCAUUUACGAAUGCCGGGACAAGGAUGGGACCAUUCUUUCAGAUGUGAAGCUCCACAUUUCUGUGCCACCAAGUGUUUCCAUAGUGGUGGGAAUGCCUGCCAGUCUUCCUUGCUAUGGGGACAUUAGUAAACAAGCAAAAUAUGUUGAUCUGGAUAUCCUCUGGAAAAGAGAUGGAAAGAUGGUUUACCAGCUCUAUUACAACAUCACCACCACUGGGCCCGGGUUCGAGAGCAGAGCUUCAGUUUCCCCUGAACAGGCUCUCUAUGGAAACAUGUCUCUAUCCAUCAAACAGACACGCUUUUCAGAUCAAGGCCACUACCAGUGCUUCUACAGCAGUCCAAAAGAGAGAGGGAACCCAGAUUCUGAAAGUCUCCGUGUUACAGGCCACCCACCCCAGAACCGCACAGUGAAGGCUGGUGAAGAGCUCUCCAUACGGCUCCAUACCACAGACCCAGUGAGGGUAACAUUCACAGGCCCUGGUCUGGACGAGGUGCUGAUGGCCGACUCUAACAAAGACCCAGUCACAUAUGGGGAGCACUGUGGUCAGAGAUGUGAGGUUCUGGGCCAGGAAAACACCUUUCUGCUGAGGCGUGUAACACCGGAGGAUGCCGGGGUCUACGCAGUGACUGAUUCUGAGACCAACAGGAUCAUCAGCAUCGUCAAUCUGCAAAUCUCAGGCCUGCCUCCUUCUGCAGGAGAGACUACAGGAGCAGUGCAUUGGAUCGUGUUGGUAGUGGUCUUUGGUUGUUUCGGCUGCAUUUGCCUUGGCCUUGCAGUCUGUAUGUUCUGCAAUAACAGACGAGAGGCUAACAGACGAACAGCUGAACAGAGAAUCACAUACCAACCAGCCGCAGUGGAAGACCCUGCAGCAGCAGAACUGCAGCCUGAAGUCCCUGAGCCCUCUCUCUCCGUGACCGAGACCCAGCCUGCUGACCCCAAAACCCGUCCCCUCCUGUCCGAAACGGAUACCACAGAACCCCAUCUCCCUGUGUCCGAAACGGGGCCUUCAGACUGGACUGAAGUGCAGGAGAAGAAGAGCGAAGAGGUGCAGGGGUGGAAUGAUGCAUUGGAAUAACAUUAAAAAUGACAAAGCACAACACAAAAUCUAAACGCACACUAACAAAAAAUAUAUUUUUUUAUAUAUUUUUUUUUGUUAAUGACAAUAUAAUCUCAAGCUGAAUCAUCCGAACAACACAAAGUGCCUAAGAAGAAAAAAAAAAACCCCUCUAGGGUCUUUCAGCGAACUUAUCCCUGGUUAUGGGUAUGCACUUUCUUGUACGUCGCUCUGGAUAAGAGCGUCUGCCAAAUGCCAAUAAUGUAAUAAUGUAAUGUAAUGUUGUUUGUUUUCGUGCCGGACAGCGGAAGCGGGCGGUUGCACUCGGUCACGCUUGGCGUGCUAGCGUGCUAGCGUGCUAGCCUGGACGGGUGAAGUGAUUCUGAAUCUCGCUGCUCGUCUCACGUACAGGCAUCGGGAGCUCAGGAUAGGCAUUUGUCGCUCGUGAAAGGCACGCUUGGCCUUGUGUGUUUUGCCUUUAAUCGUCACACAAUGCAUUAAAUUAAGCAUUAGGAGCAAUAGCACCAUGCAGGAGAGCCAUUUGAUAUUUUCUUCAGGGCCUUCAACCCUUCACAUUAUGGAAGCGUAAGGUUGCGUUGCAUUUCCAUUCAUUGUGCAGAGCAAUGAUGUCUGUCUACAAUCCAUAAUUAAUGCAUCUUAACUCGUGAACGGCCCUGGGUGACAUGCUUUCUUUUUUAAUGUUGUUUUUAAGCCCUGUGUAUUUUAUUAUAGUUUAAGGGUUAUUUUUACUUUGACUUAUUAAAAAUGAGUUAAUAUUUGUACAUUCCAAAAUUAGUAAUAUUUGUACCAUUGUGUUCUCUGGUCCGUCCUUUUUGGACAGUGACAUGUAUCAGCACCUCUGGAUCAACAGCAUUGUGUGAUGAAUUGUCACUGAUUUAUUAUUUUGGGCAUUCCUCUUUACCUUGCCAUGAAAAUAAUGUAAAUGUAUUUGUACAGUUAAUUGUUCGAAAAAAAUUUUUAAAUGCUGAUUUUUAAAUGUGAAAAAGAUGAAUAUUUUGCUGUUUGUAGUUCAAAUGAAUUUGCUCACCCACAAUCGGUGGGGUACAAAAACGUUGACACAAUGUCUAUGUGUCUACUUGCACUAUGUAUUCCCCCUUGAGGUGCCUGGAUUGGAUCACACCUGUGUGGCCUACAUGAUGUGAAGUGGAACUUU